GGCUGCACACCCCACUAUUGUACCAUCCCCUUAAUUCUCGGCCAAUUCCACUUUCUUUCACUACAUUCAUAGUAUUUAGUUUUGGAGUCCACAAAGCUACUUAUAGUAAACUCUUCAAAGUUCAAAAUUUCCUUUUUUUGUCGCAUGUUUCCACUGUUGGCAGUACAAGUCUUUUUCUAUCAAUUGCACCUUUAUUUUCCCUGCAUUUCUUUGCUUCGUACUAUUCUUCUCAAUUGUUCUCUCCAAAGUUUCCUUCUUUGUCUCCUUUUCUGAUUCAAAGUUUUAGCUUCUCCAAUUGGGGUACCUUAAAUUUGUGUAGAACAUCAGAUUUGCUAAUGUGAAAUUUUAUUCUAGCUCUAGUAUGGUUUUCUGCUCUUAUGUUUAAAUGAAUUUCAGUUUCUAGGAUUUGUUAUUAUGCACAAAUCACUCGUGACAGCUGACAACACUUGAAACAAAGAGUGAUUUCCACUGAGUAUAUUUUAUGAACAGAACCUAUGAUUUUUGUUGGCUUUAGUAGGGGUGAAUGGGGUUUAAUUAACAGCUAUUAUAGGUAGAAUUGGGUUGAGUAUUGGAGAUUUAGAGAAUUCAUAUUUGAACAACAGAAUUAGUAAAGAUUUCAAACAUGAUUGUGAGGAAAAACAAGCCAAGUGCAAAGCCACUACUUAUGUUUCUUAUGGUUCUUGCUUUUUGCUUUGUCACUUAUAAUCUGGUAUUUAUGAUCAAACCCCAUAAGGGUGGAAGUUGGGUGGCAGAUGAGGUUGGAUUUCUUGAUCCUGUGAUCAGGAUGCAUGGAAAUUCCAAUUCAAAAUUCCAUGUGGCAGUGACUGCAACUGAUGCAGCUUACAGCCAAUGGCAAUGCCGGAUUAUGUACUACUGGUAUAAGAAGGUAAAGGACAUGGCUGGAUCAGACAUGGGAAAGUUCACCAGGAUAGUGCACUCAGGAAGGCCAGAUCAUUUGAUGGAUGAGAUUCCUACUUUUGUGGUUGAUCCACUUCCUGCUGGCAUGGAUAGGGGUUAUGUUGUCAUGAAUAGACCAUGGGCUUUUGUUCAGUGGCUGGAGAAAGCAAAUAUUGAGGAAGAGUAUAUUUUGAUGGCAGAACCUGACCACAUAUUUGUACAUCCUUUACCUAAUUUGGCUUAUGGAAACCAACCAGCAGGGUAUCCAUUUUUCUAUAUAAAACCAGAUAAACAUGAAAAAAUAAUUAGGAAAUUCUACCCUAAGGAGAAUGGUCCUAUUACUGAUAUUGAUCCCAUUGGCAAUUCUCCUGUAAUCAUUCAGAAGUCCUUGCUGGAGGAAAUAUCUCCCACUUGGGUGAAUAUUUCCUUACAAAUGAAAGAUGAUCCAGAAACUGAUGAAACUUUUGGAUGGGUACUUGAAAUGUAUGCAUAUGCUGUGGCAUCAGCUUUGCACGGUGUACGGCAUAUUCUUCAUGAUAACUUCAUGGUCCAGCCCCCUUGGGACUUAGAUGUUGGAAACAAGUUUAUAAUCCAUUAUACUUAUGCAUGUGACUACAAUUUACAGGGGGAACUGACAUAUGGGAAGAUUGGAGAAUGGCGUUUUAACAAGAGAUCUUAUCUCACGGGUCCUCCUCCCAAAAACCUUUCGUUACCCCCUUCCGGGGUUCCUGAAACUGUGGUGCAGCUUGUAAAGAUGAUCAAUGAGGCUACUGCUAACAUACCUAAAUGGGAUUCAUUAAAUAGAAGCUGAGGAAAAAAAAAUAAACUACAAGGUUUUAGGCCCCUCAUGCUAGUGGUUACUAGACGAGAAACAACUAUACUGAUUACAUGGGAAAAUAGAUUACUUUAACCCAGAGAAGAACUGUAAUGAACACAAAGAUGUUUUGGUGCUAGCGCUAAAUACAUUUUUUAUUAUAACAAGUCAAUUGUUGCUAUUGAAACAUAUAUAAAAACAUUUACAGUUGGUCAGUCAACUUUUUUCCAACA